AUGGCGACCACCCCAAUUCCUCCCAACGUGAUGGUGCAAAUCUUCCCCAAGCCAGGCAAGGCGACACGCGUCGAAGAACUUAUCGCCAGGGCUGCUGAAGAAGUACGCCAGCACGAAUCUUGGAUCAGCUUCUACCGAUAUUAUAAAGCCAAACACGUGGGCUCCUCGUCCGAGGCGGAAGAUGAGGAGUAUAUCGUUGUUUUCCGGUAG